CUCUCUCCACCAUAUUUUAAGACCUAUAGCCUAUCUGUAGUUUUUCGCUUCGUAGUCGGUGCGCGCACCUGUGGCAUUCAAAUCCUCCAUCCGUGAGACAAUGAAAAAACACAUCUGUGAUCCAUAACCCCAAUUUGGCUAUUUGGCAAGUUACUGCGCAGGAGAAGGAAAAAACGGCGAAGACGCAAAAAAAGGAAUCUGAGUAACUUGAGAGUUAUAAAUAAGCUUGUAUUGAUCGGAUGUGGUGGAGAAUCCCUCCUCCCGAUUCUGGUGGAGAAUCGUAGUGCAGGUGGCCUUGCCGAUAGGUUAAUUUUAGUCACAUGCGUCUAUUCAUGAGGACCAGCGUCUACUCAAUAGACUACAUUUGUAGCCUACAUCGCAAGUGGACAAGUGGAAGUACCGAGGAAGACGCUUCUGACUGUUUUGUAAUUAAUUCACAUUUUUCGUGAAGAAGGAAUGUUUUUUCCAUACAGCCUUGUUUAGCUGGAGUCAUCAAACGAACGGAGAUUUACGAGCAUUUGGAGUGGUUUUGUGUUGUUUUUAUUUCAAAUAUGGCAAAAUUGACAUUUUCCUUGAAUGACAUUAUACCAUGAGCACGUUUACUUUUCUGUUUGGUCAUUUUUCGACCUGGAAUGUCAUCUUCUGCAUACGUGGAAUUCAUUAAUUUGCUUUUCCUACGGGUCAAUGAAGUGCGGUUUACUCGGAACGCAUAUACACGCGAACUUUGUGAUUUAUUCGCAUUACACCGAAGGAUGGAUUGAGAGGGUGUAGAAACAAGAGAUAAAAUCAAGAGAAGACAAUCCAACAUUUCUCUCCAGUUAUCACACCACACGGAACAGCAUGCACUGAUGGAGACUCUUGGUCUUGGCAAGUGUGUGCGUUGCGAUGCUUCUCUGACCUUUUGUAAUUAAUGUCUUUUUGGAUAUUCCUUGUUGGAUCUGUUUAUUUCUAGAAUGACUCGCUUUGGAGAUGAUCUACCAACCCGCUAUGGAGGCGGAGGUCCGCCGGGCGCUGGAAGAGGGGGCGCCCGAGCGGGAGGUCCCCCAGGCGGCCAGAGGGUGUACAAGCAGUCGAUGGCUCAAAGAGCCAGGACAAUGGCUUUGUACAACCCAAAACAGACAAAACAGAAUUGCUUCACUGUCAAUCGGUCCUUGUUUAUUUUUAGCGAGGACAAUAUCAUAAGGAAGUAUGCUAAGAGAAUUACCGAAUGGCCUCCAUUUGAGUACAUGAUCCUCGCCACCAUCAUCGCCAACUGUAUAGUGCUGGCCCUGGAGCAGCACCUACCAGCAGCAGACAAGACCCCCAUGUCCGAGCGCCUGGACGACACAGAGCCCUACUUCAUUGGAAUAUUCUGUUUUGAGGCAGGCAUUAAGAUCAUCGCCUUGGGCUUCCUCUUUCACAAAGACUCCUACCUCCGCAAUGGCUGGAACGUAAUGGACUUUGUGGUUGUCCUCACUGGGAUUUUGGCCAAAGUAGGGUCAGACUUCGACUUGAGGACCCUGCGAGCUGUGAGAGUGUUGAGACCCUUGAAGCUGGUAUCGGGUAUCCCCAGCUUGCAAGUGGUCUUAAAGUCGAUCAUGAAGGCCAUGGUUCCUCUGCUGCAGAUCGGCCUGUUGCUCUUCUUUGCCAUUGUCAUGUUUGCCAUCAUCGGUGUGGAGUUCUACAUGGGCAAGUUCCACACCACCUGCUUCAAGGAAGACACAGGUGAGCGGGCAGCGGAUCACCCCUGUGGCACUGAGUCGCCCUCCCGGCUGUGUGAAAACGGCACCCGAUGCCAAGAGUACUGGAUCGGCCCCAGCUACGGCAUCACCAACUUCGACAACAUCCUGUUUGCCAUCCUCACCGUCUUCCAGUGCAUCACCAUGGAGGGCUGGACGGACAUCCUGUACAACGCCAACGAUUCCUCGGGGAACACCUGGAACUGGCUUUACUUCGUCCCGCUCAUCAUCAUCGGCUCCUUUUUCAUGCUCAACCUGGUGCUGGGUGUGCUGUCAGGGGAGUUUGCCAAAGAGAGGGAGCGCGUGGAGAAGCGGCAGGAGUUCCUGAAGCUGCGGCGGCAGCAGCAGAUUGAGCGGGAGCUGACGGGUUACCUGGAGUGGAUCUGCAAAGCCGAGGAGGUGCUGUUGGCUGAAGAGGACCAGAAUGCGGUGGAGAAGUCUGCUCUGGAUGGUGCGUGGUACAAGAGGAAACAGAACAACCCAGUGUUAAAACGUGGCAAAGUGAGGAAGAGCAAGAAUGACCUGAUCCAUGCGGAGGAGGGAGAAGAUCAAUUUACAGACAUCUCCUCCGUCGCCCCUCCGGGUUCUCCGUUUGCGAGAGCCAGCCUGAAGAGCAGUAAGAACGACAGCUCCUCCUACUUCCGCCGCAAGGAGAAACGCAUGCGCUUCUUCAUCCGCCGCAUGGUGAAGGCCCAGAGCUUCUACUGGUUCGUGCUGUGUGUGGUGGGCCUCAACACGCUGUGUGUGGCCAUCGUGCACUACGACCAGCCCGAGUGGCUCACCAAAGCACUCUAUCUGGCAGAAUUUGUGUUCCUGGGUCUGUUCCUGACAGAGAUGAUGCUGAAGAUGUAUGGCCUUGGUGCCAGGAACUACUUCCACUCCUCAUUCAACUGCUUUGACUUUGGGGUGAUUCUGGGCAGCAUACUGGAGGUGGUUUUUGCAGCCAUCCAUCCGGGAGCUUCAUUUGGCAUCAGUGUUCUCAGGGCCCUGCGCUUACUGAGGAUCUUCAAAGUCACAAAGUACUGGAACUCCCUGAGGAACCUUGUUGUGUCUCUGCUCAACUCCAUGAAGUCCAUCAUCAGUUUACUCUUCCUCCUCUUCCUCUUCAUCGUCGUCUUCGCUCUGCUGGGCAUGCAGCUCUUCGGUGGCCAGUUUAACUUUGAAGAUGAAACACCAACUACAAACUUUGACAACUUUCCCUCUGCUAUCAUGACAGUCUUCCAGAUUCUGACAGGAGAGGACUGGAAUGCAGUGAUGUAUCAUGGGAUUGAAUCCCAGGGGGGCGUCCACGGCGGAAUGUUCUCCUCUGUCUACUUUAUCAUCCUCACUCUUUUUGGAAACUACACUCUGCUAAAUGUAUUCUUGGCCAUUGCGGUUGACAACCUCGCUAAUGCGCAGGAACUCACAAAGGACGAGGAACAGCAGGAAGAAGAAGCCAAUAAAAAGCUGGCCCUUCAGAAGGCCAUGGAGGUGAAGGAGGUCAGCCCCAUGUCAGCGGCCAACAUCUCCAUCACAGCUUUUGUAAAGCAAAAUCGAGGGGCGAUCUCUCGCAGCUCCUCCAUCUGCAGCGCUCAUUCACCCAAGGAGCAGCGCUCGCUGAAGAUGUCAGUGUGGGAGCAGCGCACCACGCAGCUGCGGCGCCACCACCUGCGGGCGAGUAGCGAGGCGCUCUACAACGAGCUGGAGCCCGAGGACCGCCGCCGCCUCUCCUCCGCCCUCCAGCUGCGGCCCGACAUGAAGACGCACCAUGACCGCCCCCUGCUGGUCGAGCAGGGCAACGGCACAAACGGGGAAGGCAACGGUAACGGGACUGAGAAACCGCCGAGGCCGGCAGCGGAGGGAGAGGCGCAGGACGACCUGUCGCAGUCGCAGCAGGCGGCGCACCCGCACAAGCACCACCGCCACAGGGACCGCUCCGCCCACGAGAACGGCGAGGCCCAGGGGGAGGGCCGGACGGGCAGCAGGCACCACACCCACCACAGCCGCAGCCGGGAGCGGCGCGAGGGGAGGCUGGAGCACAGCCACAGCCAGGACGGGGGCCCUAACAGUGGGCACAGGCACCACCACCAGGGGGCCGGAUCUCCGGAGGAGGAUGGGGGUGAGAGGGCGAGGGUCGGGGACAGAGACAGGGAGCACAGGCACCACCACUCCCACAGGCAGUCAAGGGGCGAGGGCAAUGGGGGCCUGUCCAACGGAGGUCGGGGGGGGGAGAGGCGCAGCCGGGCCCACAGAGACGGGGAGAGGGAGGCCAACGGGGAGCGGAGGAGGCAUCAGCAGCGGGUGCUGAGAGCCCAGUCCACACUGGAGGGAGAGGAGGGCAGGGAGAAUGGAGACAGUGAGCGGACCAAGGCACACAGGGACAGAUACUCCGACACAGACGCUGACGGAUCGGCCACCAGCCCCUUGCAGUCUCCCUCAGAGCUGCUGCCGGUCGUGGAGAAGCCUGAAGAUGCCGACAACCUGAAGAACAACAGCCGCAGUGGCCAAACAGGCAUCCACAUCCCUGUGACCAUCACAGCCCCUCCUGGCGAAACCACCAUCAUUCCCAUGAAUAACCUGGAUGGGGAUAGCCUCCUUCUGAACGAGGAGAAGAAAGAGCUGGAGGACGAGGAGGACGAGGAGGCGCAGGAUGGGCCUAAGCAGAUCCUCCCCUACAGCUCCAUGUUUGUGUUCGGACAGACCAACCCGGUGAGGCGGCUGUGCCACUACGUGGUGAACCUGCGCUACUUUGAGAUGUGCAUCCUGCUGGUCAUCACUAUGAGCAGCAUCGCUCUGGCUGCUGAAGAUCCCGUUCAGCCUGACGCGCCGCGGAACCAAGUUUUGAAAUACUUAGAUUACGUCUUCACUGGCGUGUUCACUUUUGAGAUGGUGAUCAAGAUGAUUGACCUAGGGCUCUUGCUUCACCCCGGCUCGUACUUCCGUGACCUCUGGAACAUUCUAGACUUCAUCGUGGUCAGUGGCGCUCUGGUGGCCUUCGCCUUCUCCAGAGGGAAAGGGAAGGACAUUAACACCAUCAAGUCCCUGAGAGUUCUGCGUGUGCUGCGACCACUGAAGACCAUUAAACGUUUGCCCAAACUCAAGGCUGUGUUUGACUGCGUGGUCAACUCUCUGAAAAACGUGCUGAACAUCCUUAUAGUCUACAUCCUCUUCAUGUUCAUCUUCGCCGUCAUCGCUGUGCAGCUCUUCAAGGGCAAGUUCUUCUACUGCACUGAUGAGUCCAAGACCCUGGAGAAGGACUGCAGGGGCAAGUUUCUGGAAUAUAACGACCGGGACAAGGUGGAAGCCAAGGACCGGGAGUGGAGGAAGUACGACUUUCACUAUGACAACGUUCUCUGGGCCUUCCUCACGCUCUUCACCGUGUCCACUGGAGAGGGAUGGCCAUUGGUCCUGAAGCACUCAGUAGAUGCCACAGAUGAGGACCUGGGCCCCAGUCCCGGCUUCCGAAUGGAGAUGUCCAUCUUCUAUGUGGUCUACUUCGUGGUGUUCCCCUUCUUCUUUGUCAACAUCUUCGUGGCUUUGAUCAUCAUCACCUUCCAGGAGCAAGGAGACAAGGCCAUGUCCGACUGUAGUCUGGAGAAGAAUGAGCGGGCGUGUAUAGACUUUGCCAUCCACGCUAAACCGCUAACGCGCUACAUGCCCCAGAAUAAGCAGUCGUACCAGUACAAGCUGUGGAAGUUUGUGGUGUCCAGCCCUUUCGAGUACUCCAUCAUGACCCUGAUCGCCCUAAACACCAUUGUGCUGAUGAUGAAGUUCCAUGAUGCCCCGAAGCCGUACGAGGACAUGCUGAAGUACCUGAACAUCAUCUUCACUGCACUCUUCACUCUUGAGUGCAUCAUCAAGAUGGUCGCCUUCGGGCCACUGAAUUACCUGAAAGAGGCCUGGAAUGUGUUUGACUUGAUCACAGUGGUGGGCAGCAUCACAGACAUACUGGUGACUGAGAUCAAGGACAAGCUGAUCAACCUGAGUUUCCUGAGGCUCUUCAGGGCGGCCCGCCUCAUCAAGCUGCUCCGGCAGGGCUACACCAUCCGCAUCCUGCUCUGGACCUUCGUGCAGUCCUUCAAGGCACUGCCAUAUGUCUGCCUCCUCAUCGCCAUGCUGUUCUUCAUCUACGCCAUCAUCGGGAUGCAGGUGUUUGGAAACAUCCAGCUAAAUGAUGACACAGCAAUCAACCGCCACAACAAUUUCCAGACCUUCUUCCAGGCCCUGAUACUUCUGUUCAGGAGUGCCACGGGGGAAGCGUGGCAUGAGAUCAUGCAGCACUGCCUGAGCGAGCGAGAGUGUGACCCCGCCGCCGGCAACGCGAGGAGGGAGUGCGGCAGCGACUUUGCCUACUUCUACUUCGUCUCCUUCAUCUUCCUCUGCUCCUUCCUGAUGCUCAAUCUGUUUGUGGCCGUCAUCAUGGACAACUUUGAGUACCUGACGCGAGAUGCCUCCAUCCUGGGUCCUCACCACCUGGACGAGUUCAUCCGUGUCUGGGCCGAGUACGACCCGGCAGCCUGUGGCCGCAUGAACUACCUCGAUAUGUAUGAGAUGCUCCGCCACAUGUCCCCACCGCUGGGGUUGGGAAAGAAAUGUCCGCCACGAAUUGCCUACAAGCGCCUGGUCAGGAUGAACAUGCCCAUUGCUGAGGACAACACAGUGCACUUCACCUCCACCCUCAUGGCACUGAUCCGCACUGCCCUGGAUGUCAAACUGGCCUCAGGUGUUCUGGCUCAGCGGCUGUGCGACGCUGACCUGAAGAGAGAGAUCCACCGAGUGUGGCCCAGUCUGCCCGCCAAGACCGUCGAACUGCUGGUGACCCCGCCCAAACUGAAUGAGCUGACGGUGGGGAAGGUGUACGCCGCGCUGAUGAUCUUUGACUACUACAAGCAGAACCGUGCCAAGAAGCUCCAGCUGCAGCAGCAGCAGCAACAGCCCGGCGUGGGAGUGGGAUUGGGAGUGGGAGUGCCGGGGAAGGUGGGGGCCUUGUUCCGCCCCAUGCUGCCCCUGACACAGAUUCAGGAGCCGCCCGUCACCCCUGACAAAGCCCCGCCCGCAGCGCAGCCUGAUUCGCUGCCUCAGCCGGAGCCGCCGCCCACUACCUCCUUGACCAGUGUAGAGGCAGCCCAAACCCAGAGCAGUGCCAUGAAGAAGUCUCCCUCAGGGGAGGCACCUCAGGAAGGGCAGCAGAGAAGCAGGCAGUCGGUACAGAGGGGCCAAUCAGACGACACGCAGACCUCAAGCAAAACUCAGGAAUCAGGAGCGGAGCUGAGUGAUUUGGAGUACACUUCAGACAUGGAGCGAUUCUCCAUCCUGGAGGGGCCUGGCCGAGCCUCCUCCAUGCCCAGGCUCAACAAUGCUGAGUACCAGCAACGGAGCCACCCUCGCCACACCACUGGACCUUACCUGCCACCCAUUCUGGACGUGAGCCCCUUGACCAUGAGGCGCUCGGCAUCCACGCUGAACCCACAGCGCCCCCAGGAGGUGAACCUGAGGGAGUACGGGCUCCAGAGGUCCUCGCAGGCCCAGGGGCAGGGCCAAGACAGGGCCCACCACCAUCACCACCACCACCACCACUGCCACAAGCGCAGAGAGCGGGACAAGAAGCACAACUCGCUGGAGAGGGACAGCACGGAGCAGACGACCACUACACGGGGUUCGGCGGCAGAGGUGGCGGGCGAGCACAUGAGUCGUGAGCGGGAUCGGGAUCGAGGCCGCUCGCACGAGCGGAAGCACCACUCGGCGUCGGGCGAGCCCAAGACACGCUACUACUCGUGCGAGCGCUACGGCAACCGAGAGCAGGGCCACGCCCACUCAGCUGGACCAAGCCGAUCCACCUCCCCUGGGGAACAACAUGAGACCUUACGCCUGAAACAGGCUGGCAUCACUGCCAGGGGCAGCCCAGUGAUCCUGGCAUCGAGUGGCAACACCCCCAGCCGCAGCCGCCGCCAGCUCCCUCAGACUCCCCUCACCCCGCGCCCAGCCGUCGCUUACAAAACCGCCAACUCGUCCCCCGUCGGCAUGCCGCCGCCUGCCAGCGCCCGUCCUGCCCCCGGCUCCAGCCGCCUGACCCGCGGCCUCUCGGAGCACAACUCCCUGCUCGCCGACAGCGCCAGCCCCUCCCCAGUGCCUGUCACCCGCAUUGGCUCCGUGCCCAGCCUGGCCGCAGAGUCGCGCCACCUGCUUCCCGAGGAGACGGACGACUUCCAGGAUGCGCUGAGCACCCACCACCACGCCAUGGGCCGCUCGGUGCGGACGCUGCCCAGUGCCGGUCACGCCGGGUCCGGGACCAGAACAGGCUCCUCGUCGGCCCUGCCCCAGUCGGGCCGCGGUGGGGUGCCCAACGGGUACCACUUCACCCUGGGCGUGAGCUCGGCCUCCGGCUCCGGAGCCAGAGGCACUGGCGGCUACCAAGAGACUGAGAAAGAGGACUGGUGCUAGCGGGGCCACGAGGUCAAGACGAGGUCAAGUCAAGGGAUGGAAAUGAGAUUUCUAUUUGAAGGGCCACAUUGAGCACACUGCAAUUCUCUGAGUUUGUGUGUGUAUGUGUUUGUGUGCAUGUGCGUGUUUGUGUGUGUCUGUGUGUGUGUGUAUGCGUGUGCGUGCGUGUGUGUGUGUGUGUGUGUGUGUGUGUGGAUGAAUGGAUAUCUGGAAGACCUACAUGUUGUGAAUGUAUGUCCGUCUUUGUUCUCUAAAAGCUGGAGACCUGAAGGAACAGUGUAAGAUAGAUGAGCCUGAAACAAAAAAGAAGAAGACUCUUCGCAGGUCACAGUUUUCUUAAUACGUAAUGGUGGUUUGACACCUCAGAAAGACUACAGUGUUGCAAGGCCCUAUUGUCCCCUCAGACAAAGAGAACUUCACCUGUGCGUAGGAAAGCUGCUCUGGGCAUACCUACCUACUCAGACACAGCUUCACGAAAAGGAGCAUUUGACUCUGUAGCGAUGGGGAGUCCCCAAGCCAUCCUUCUCUCUCUCUCCCUCUCUCCCCAAGCCAUCCCUCUCUCUCUCUCUUAAAGUUUACUCUAUAGGGCUACUGAUGGACACACAAGGUCAAAGGGCAACCCCUCGAGGCCGAGCUUACUCCGGGGGGAGACGGAGUGCAGGGCUUGAAGCUGGGGAGGCCACGCUGAGCGGCACUGGAGCCAUGACACCCAAGCGAUGAGGACGUUGAUGAUGACAAAUGCACUACUAUAGCGCCACUGGGACCUGUUCCCAUCAGUCUCACAUCCAUGUUGUUGUUUUUUUUUGUGACAGAGGAUGUGAAGGCAAAGUGAUAUUUCUUACUUUCAAGACUUCCUGCUCUUUUCUCUAUUCCUCUGUCGCUUCGCGACAAAGGAAUGACGAAUUGAACACACACAUACAGACACACACACACUAAAACACACUGAGAUGACGGAUCCGUAUAAAGCAAAAGAUGGAAAACUGAGGCCAAAAUUGUAAUUUGUUUUGUAUCAAGCUAUAGAAUAGUACAUUGAAUAACAGUGUUCCUCUUUUUGUAUCAUUGGACCUUCAAAGGGAUCCUUGAGGAGUAUAGCUGGACGUCGCGGAUAAGCUCUACUCUUCUGUUUUCCCUGUUUUGAAACGCAGUGCUCAAGCCGUCAAAUACUGUACCAAGUGCCUAACUUUAAAAGUAUUCCCGUCUGUGGCUAAAAUGCAGAUCUGUACAGGAGACAUAUACCUAAGAGAUGAAACUGAGCUGCCAUCUUGGAAUGCAGCCUGUCAGUGCCAAGCAGAAGUGGUCUGGCAUCUCCACAACAUCCCAUAUCACAAACAUGGAAACAGAGAUUUAUAUGAUUGCACAAAAAAAAAAAAAGAAUAGAUUUUUAAAUCGACUGCUAAACAAGAGUUAAUUCUUUGGUCUUUAUAUGAAAUGGUAUAUUAGAGCUGGAGAAUAUGACAUGCAACUAUUAUAUUGCUAAUCUAGAUUACUAUUAUGACAUAAAUGUGUGUGUAGUUAGUUUGGUGCCAAUUCAGAGUGAACUACGGUACACGUGUGGUCGGAGUGCAUGCAAGAAGGUCCCUGUCUGACUUGGUGGUUAUUAUUGUCUUAAAGCUGCUGCCUGUGAUAAAUG